UAUUUCCCCAGUUUGGACUGUCCAACUGCAUUUGUAAGCCUGUUGCGUUGCAGAUUGGUCUUUUCCCCCAUAAAUGUGGGAGAAAAAAAACCCAUUUGCUCAUCCUUUGUUGGAAGUUGUUGCUGCUUUAAUGUUUGCAGCCCGCCAGCUGACCUGUGCAGCCAUUGCCACUGAAGGACUGUGUUUCUUUUAUGCAACUGAAGCAGGCAGACUAUCCUACAGCUAAGACCCUCCCUCCCAGUGCAACACAGGUCUCUGAUAUUUCUUGGUAGGACUGACCAGACUAAGCACUAGAGUGUCUGGAUUGGUUUCCAGGCUGUGAGGUGAAUCUCUGCAGCAAGUGGCAAUGUUUUUGCUUGAUAUGCCGUCAAAAAGAUCCCUCAGAACAUUUGAUUUGAGAUUUGUUUUUUAAAUUAUAUACCUAUAUGUUCAGAUCAGAUAAGACUAUGGGAAAAAACAAGGUUUUCAUGUGACAGUUGUUUAGGUCAUGACCACUAAUUUAUAGCAGGUAGUUUGAGGACAGUCACACUGAAAGAUGUACCUUGAAUUGUAGAAGCCAUGUUUUACCAUUUAUCAUGACAAUUAUUUUCCCUUUUAUAAGUUGGAGAACACGGGUACGCUUCUAGUUAUGACAUUUCCACGAACAUGUUGUACUUAAGCAGCCUUUCAUCCGUUUCUUCACUUUGUCCCAAGGGAUUUGGUUUUGAAAUAUCGCCGCGUUUGCAAUAUCACUCGUAAAUAACUCACUUUUGUGACCGUUGCCCUCAUUUGCCUAUUGCGCAUCUGCAUUCCAAACGAAAAGGCGAUGAGCUAAGCGCAUUCAUUUAGGUCUAAUAUAUGGAGUGGAUAUUCGAUCGUACGAUCAGAUUCAUAAUCCCAUGUGUCCAACCCCUGAUGAAUGGAAAAAAAGCCGUAAACACAGCCAUGGGAACGAAGGAAGAUGCGGGGCAGUUGGAGGAUACUUCAUUUCCUGUGAAGAUUCAAGGGGCAGGCAUUGAGCCCUUUGAGCUAGAGGUACAUGGAUUCUGGCUGGUCCAGGACACCAUUCUGGCUGUGCUGGCAAGGGAGGAGGUGGUACCUCGGACUUCCCUCUCCCUGUCAUUCUCUGGUAUCAUGUUGGACCCCCUCACUGAAUUGCAGACUGUCAAGGGCCUAAAAGCAGGGGCCACACUCAGGCUGGUUGAGGAGCCCUACAACCCAAGAACAGCCCGUGCCCACCUGGCCCGACUGCAGGAGCUCCUCAGGGCCUCAGGGCCCCACGAUGCCCUGAGAGAAGGCCUGUCACCCAGCCUGCUGGACACACUCUGUCCAACUCACAGUUCAGAAUCCUCUUCAGGUGUUCCCAGUGGGAGAGGGACGAGGCGCUCAGUCAGUGACACAAAGCCAGAUCAAACACCUUUGGAAGGCCCUCCACCUGACUUCAUCCUUCCUGGUUCCCAAGAGCACCCCCUGUUGCCCCUGCUGCCCAAUGGCACACACAGUGAGGCCCCAAGCCUCCUCUUGGACCUGUCACUCAGCUGUUGGAACCCACCUCCUGGGCCCAGAAAGCUUCAAGGUGACUUCCUGUACAUAAGUGUGUGCACCUUAGAGGGGCGCAACUGUGACAUCACAUCCAGUCCACGAGGAUUCUAUCUGAACAGGUCCACUGUGGAUGUGUUUGACCCACGCCCUGCCACCACCCACCAAGUCUCUCACUGUCUGACAGACCUACUGUCUCAGAUCAGCCCAGGAUUCAAAAUGGGUUUCACUGCACUCAGAAACCGUGCCCGGCCACCACCGCUAGAGUCUAUGCCCACGCCCUACCGCACCCUGAGCUGGCUCGGUCCCUCCUCUGUGGUGCGCUCCCACCGGAACCCUUUCAACAGCCGGCUGGGCCUGGAGGAGCACGUUGGCUCACAGGCUCCUGACUGGAACGAUGAACUGCAGGCAGCCAGGGAUCUUCCCCAGGGCACUAUAGAGGAGAGGUUACUGAGGGACAGAGCCUUACUGCAGGUUAACAGUGCCUUUGUGUGGGCUGCCGCACAAGGAGCCGAAUCUGUGAUUGACGGGUGCGUGUCCCCAAUCAAUGGGGUGACAGAGGACCCCGCCUUUCUCUGGGGGGGGCUCUUCUUCAGUCGUGGGGGUGACGGAGGAGGAACCCAGGGCGGGGAGCGAGGCAAGAGGGCUGGCCAGCGGCUGGAGCUCAAGGGGGUACAGGCCUACAGUGAUUUAGAGGGGCCGCUGCAGAACCUGCACACCCUACCCACUGCCGUGGUGGACUACCGAGGGGUCCGCCUCUCUGCCCAGGGGCUGGCUCCAGGACUGGAAGGGACCGACCGGGGGCCGGAUAGUUUGGGCCCCUACAGGGGUCUCCUGUACGGCUACGCGGCCGGAGUGCAAGAGGGCCCACACCGUCGCAAGCUGCUGGAGCUGCUGGCCCAGGCCGCCAAGAGCCUGGCCAUCCAGAGGCACGCUGUGCUGGGCCCCAACGGCCACCAGGUGCCGCUCUUCAGCUCCGUGGACGUCCAGGGCCUGCUGGGAGCCGACGGUCGCUUCUACCUGCUGGAUCUCUUCCGCAUACAGCCGGCCGACGCCAACUUCCAUGUCGUGGAGAAGGAGGGCCAAGAGGACGAGGAGAGGGAGGAAGGCUGGCCCACCUCUUACUCUGCCUCCACAGGCCUCCCCAGGCCCUUCCCCCAUGGGCUGUGCAGGCUGCGCUCUGAGCUUCUGCGGGCCUUCAUCCAGCACAAGAUGUCCCAGUUCUCUCAGCGAGUGAAGGAAAGAAUGGAGGAGAGUGGAGGGGCAGAGGAGUGCAUGAAGGAUGGAGAUCCACGUGGGACAGACGCAGUAAGAGGGGCCUGCAAAGACGUGGGCUCUGUCAGCGACAUCAUCUUCGAGAUGCGCUUCAAUCCAGACAUAUUCUCCCAAGGUGUACAACACCCCAGCAGUGACAGCAGUGCCACGCGGCUGCACGAGAGAAUCCUACGGGAGGCCGCUGCCUUCGUUGUCACCAAACAAAUCCCAGCCUUUGUGGAAGACUGCUUGCAGUUCACCGUAUGUCCGAUGGAUGGUGCCACACUGAGGCAUGCUCUUCACCAGAGGGGGAUCAACCUUCGUUAUUUGGGUCAGGUGGUUCACGUUCUCAGCCAGUCAGAGCAAAAAGAACGACUCAAGCACAUAAUGAGACUGGUGUUUGGAGAGAUUGUGAUGCGUUCUGCACGACGGAUUUUGAACACCUACCUGCAGGGUGUGGAGGUCUCCAGUCUAUCAGCAGCUGUUAGUCAUUUCCUGUGCUGCCUGCUGGUACCUCAUUUUAGCUCUGCUUCUGUGGUGGAGGAGCCCAAAAAGAGGUCCAGGAGGCGGGGUCGGGGAGGGGGUGUGGCAUCAGAUAGUACGACAUGGAGUGCCCUCAGUGGAUCUGAGCUAUGGAGCCUGGUGAACCAGGAUGCCAAAGAAACCUACAAUCUCACUGACAGUUUGGGUACAAGUGUCGACCAUCUGGUGGAGCGGUACGGCCUGCAGAAGGUGUCCCUGUUGCGAGAAUUGUGUCUGAAGGCUGGGAUACAGCUCCGCCUGAAGGAGUACACUUUGGACAACCGCAGCAAAGCCCCCAUUGGCCCAGAUGACAUCCUUAACAUCUUGCCUGUAGUCAAGCACGUGGAGAUGAGGAUGAGCGACGCCUCUAAGAUAUUCCGCUCUGCCCAGACCAACAUGCAGAAGGGGAACCUACAACAGGCCUACGAGCAGCUGAAGGAGGCGGCCUACAUGUACACCCGCGUGUGUGAUGAUCUUCAUCCGGAGGCCUGCUCCUGCCUCAGCUCUCUCGCCCGGCUAGCCUACCUACAGGGCCACAGCGGUGAGGCAAGGAGUGUGCAGCUGAGAGUGGUGGUAAUCAGUGAGAGAGUGCUUGGGUUCGACCAUCCCAACACCAUCCAGGAAUACGCUGUGCUGGCCGUGUACAUGUUUGCCGGUGGGGAGCUGGGCCUGGCACAGCGCUGCCUGUACCGCGCCAAACUGCUGAUGCUCCUGGUCCACGGGGAAGAGCACCCCUUCACCGCCACACUGGACAGCUCUCUAGGUUUGGUUCUGCAGGGGGAGCAAUCUGUUAAGUACCUACAGAGUGCACUGAAACUCAACACCCUCUUCCACGGCAGUGACAACCUACAGACUGCGCUCAAUCAACACUUGCUGGCCCAGCGGCUGUGCACUGUGGGCGACUACCGCGGAGCCAUGACCCACGAGAGGGAGGCGCUGGCUGUGUUUCAAAGCCAGUGUGGUGAAGAUCACCCGCAGACCAGGUGCAGCACAGAAUUCCUUGGGGCCAUUACCCAGCAGGCUGUGCAGGUGGAACGCUCCCUGCGGCAGGGCGGGGCACACUCAGCAGACGCAGCUACCCCUGAUAGUUUAGCUCCAUCAAUGGACACCACAUUAGAACAACUUGCCUUGGUUAAUGGUAUCCUCAAACCGACUAUCAGCAACAAGAUUGAGGUACUGAAGGAGAAAUUCAAAGAAAUGAAAGCAUCUGCUAUCGCGGCCAAUGAGAAAUCAGAGCUAGCAGCGGCUGUCAAUGGUGGAGUCAGGGAGGAAAACCCAGCCAAUGGGGUAGAGGUUGCUGGGGAAGAUGCGCUGAAUGAAGGCCUGGAGGACCAAGUCUCUGAAGCCUCAGCUGAAAAUGAAGAGAAAGCCAAGGCAGAAUGCUACCAAGAGGAAAUGAAUUCCAGUGAGAAGACAGAGGCAGAAAGCAAAGCCAGUGAACAUGAGCCAAAAUCUGAAAGUGUUCUAGAGGAGAAAGGGGAUCAAGUAAGCAAUGAAGAACCACAAUCAGGUGGGACAGACCCAGCGGACGCUUCCCUGGUGACAAAUGGUGAAACAGAAUCAGCAGCAAAUGGUACAGAUGAGGAAGUAGUGACAAAAGACCAGCUGCAAAAAGAUGAGAUCACUGGAGGAGAAAACAUAGAAGAAAAUGUUGAAUUGGGAUCCAAAAUGAAAGUCUUGGAGCAAAAGGCAAUGACAACGGAUGACCAGUCAGGAAAAUCAACGACUGAUGAAGAGAACAGGAUGCUGACCAAUGAGGGCUCAGAAUCAGCAGAGGUCAAUGGCGAGGGAGGCAGUCAUGUUGAAGUUACUGGAUAGUUCAGGAGCUCAGGAGGUGAAUCAUUUUUACCGGCAAGGACUGAUGGAAGAAGGGGCUGUUUAACAGCCAGCCAGCAUGUCUAGAAGUCUAUGUUGGGCUGGAAAUUCAGUUAAAUACAUUACUGGGCGGUGGAGGGAAGGGGCGGUGCUUCUGUGUUGUACUUAAAAAGUUUCACAAUAAAGACGCUGAUUUUGCCAAA